GCCGCCGCCGCCGCCUCCGCCGGAGCGCGGGUGGAGGGGGGCGGGGAGAGCUGCCUGCCGCCCCGCUCCGCCGAGCCCAGCAGGAAGGAGGGCGCGAGCGGGCGAGCGCGGGCGGCGCGAGCGGAAAAAGCGCCCGUGCAAGGGAGCGAAAAGAAGGAAAGAAAGAAAGAAAACGAGCGCGAGAGAGGGAAAAGCGAGCGAUUGAGGAGCGCGCGCGCGAAAACUCCCGGCAGCACUUUCAUCUGGACCCUUGGAUGCCCACUGACAGAUGCUUGAGACCUGCAAGUAAUCUUCAGAUCAUAGCAGAACUGUAAGGCCUAUCCUUUGUGUGGAGAGGAGAUACUCCAUGUGCUGUGGAAAUGAACGGGGAGCAGCAGCUUGAUGCAGCAUAUCUUUGGGAUAAAUUCCUAGAAGUGGGAUUGCUGGAUCAAAAGAUGCUGGAUCUGGUGUGGAAGAAGUGGAAUUAAACUGGGAAGAUUAUCUGGAAGAGACAGGGUCCACAGCAGUUCCCUAUGGAUCUUUUAAACAUGUGGACACACGUUUGCAAAAUGGAUUUGCUCCUGGGAUGAAACUGGAGGUGGUUGUGAAGACAGAUCCUGAAACUUACUGGGUUGCCACCAUCAUUACUACCUGCGAGCAGUUACUCCUCCUCCGCUACGAUGGCUACGGGGAGGACCGCAGAGCGGACUUCUGGUGUGACAUCAGGAAGGCUGACCUCUACCCCAUUGGGUGGUGUGAGCAGAAUAAGAAGACCCUCAAAGCCCCAGAAGGCAUCAGAGAAAAGGUCUCUGACUGGGAAGCGUUCCUGCGGCAGACCCUGACGGGAGCACGCAGUCCACCUGUCCCGCUGCUCGAGGGCCUCCGUAAUGGGAGGAAUCCUUUAGAUCUCAUUGCUCCAGGUUCCAGGCUAGAAUGUCAAGCUUUCCAGGACUCUUUAAGCACUUGGAUUGUUACUGUAGUCGAAAACAUUGGGGGAAGGCUGAAGCUGCGUUAUGAAGGACUUGAAAGUUCUGACAAUUUUGAACAUUGGUUGUAUUACUUGCAUCCGUUUCUUCAUCAUGUUGGUUGGGCAGCUCAACAGGGAUAUGAACUUCAGCCCCCAUUAGCCAUCAGACAUCUGAAAAAUGAGGCUGAGUGGCAAGAGAUCUUGGCCAAAGUCAAAGAGGAGGAGGAAGAGCCAUUACCAUCUUACUUAUUUAAGGACAAACAAGUGACUGGCACACAUUCAUUCUCUGUAAAUAUGAAAUUAGAAGCUGUGGACCCCUGGUCUCCUUUUGGGAUCUUUCCUGCUACAGUUGUUAAGGUUUUCGAUGAGAGGUACUUUCUGGUAGAAAUGGAUGACUUGAGACCGGAGAGACGUGCGAGGCGAUCUUUUGUGUGUCAUGCUGACAGUCCUGGCAUUUUCCCCGCGCAGUGGAGUCUGAAGAAUGGUUUACACAUCAGCCCCCCUCCUGGCUACCCAGGCCAGGACUUUGAUUGGGCUGACUACCUCAAACAGUGUGGUGCUGAAGCUGCUCCCCAGCGGUGCUUCCCACCGACAAUUUCUGAGCAUGAAUUUAAGGAGAACAUGAAGCUAGAGGCAGUGAACCCUCUUCUCCCCGAAGAAGUAUGCAUUGCCACCAUUACUGCAGUGAGGGGCUCUUACCUGUGGCUCCAGCUGGAGGGUUCUAAGAAGCCCAUACCUGAAUGUAUUGUGAGUGUGGAAUCCAUGGAUAUAUUUCCUCUGGGCUGGUGUGAAACCAAUGGCCAUCCCCUCAGUGCUCCUCGCCGAGCACGAGUACACAAACAAAGGAAGAUUGCAGUGGUUCAGCCAGAAAAACAAAUACCAUCCUCGAGGACUGUCCAUGAGGGCCUGAAGAAUCAGGAGCUGAACUCCACAGACUCAGUUAUGAUUAAUGGAAAAUAUUGCUGUCCAAAGAUAUACUUCAACCACCGUUGCUUCUCAGGGCCAUAUCUUAACAAAGGAAGAAUUGCUGAGCUGCCUCAGUGUGUAGGACCCGGGAACUGUGUUCUGGUCCUCAGAGAGGUCCUCACUUUACUCAUCAAUGCAGCCUAUAAACCCAGCCGUGUCCUUCGGGAGCUGCAGCUGGACAAAGACUCUGUGUGGCAUGGAUGUGGGGAAGUCCUAAAAGCCAAAUACAAAGGGAAGAGUUACCGGGCUACUGUUGAGAUAGUGAAAACAGCAGAUCGGGUGACUGAAUUCUGUCGACAGACCUGUAUCAAACUGGAGUGCUGUCCCAACCUUUUCGGUCCACGGAUGGUUCUGGAUAAAUGUUCUGAGAACUGCUCUGUACUUACAAAGACCAAAUAUACACACUACUAUGGAAAGAAGAAAAGUAAAAGAAUUGGGAGGCCACCUGGUGGGCAUAGUAACUUAGCGUGUGCUCUGAAAAAAGCCAGUAAGAGGAGAAAGAGGCGGAAAAAUGUUUUCGUUCAUAAGAAGAAGCGCUCUUCUGCAUCUGUUGAUAAUACCCCGGCGGGCUCUCCCCAGGGAAGUGGGGGUGAAGAUGAGGAUGACCCCGAUGAAGGAGAUGAUGACUCCCUAAGUGAGGACAGUACAUCUGAGCAGCAGGACGAGCUACAGGAAGAGUCAGAAAUGUCAGAGAAAAAGUCAUGCUCCUCCUCUCCCACCCAAAGUGAGAUAUCCACGUCGUUGCCUCCAGACAGACAGAGGAGAAAGAGAGAGCUUCGCUCGUUUUCAUUUUCUGAUGAUGAGAAUAAACCUCCUUCACCAAAGGAACUAAGGAUCGAAGUUGCCGAAAGGCUUCACCUGGACAGUAACCCCCUGAAGUGGAGCGUGGCAGAUGUUGUGCGGUUCAUCAGAUCCACGGACUGUGCUCCCUUAGCAAGAAUAUUCCUAGACCAGGAAAUCGACGGGCAGGCCUUGCUGCUCCUUACCCUUCCCACUGUUCAAGAGUGCAUGGACUUAAAAUUGGGCCCUGCCAUCAAACUUUGCCAUCACAUAGAGAGGAUCAAGUUUGCUUUUUAUGAGCAGUUUGCCAACUGAGGAUGGCAACUAAAGUGAGCUGUAUCUAUGAAGCACAAAUGCAGCAAAUCCUUCACCUGCUCUACAUAUGGAGCUGAAACCGUCCUGGGGCUCUGGGCCCUGCAGGUGUAGGCUUGCUCUCUUUGCACUUUCAGGGAAGGAGGACCCACACCGAGGAAGCAAAAACUGCACAGAAGUGGCUCUCCUGCCAGUGGAAAUGUGGGCAUCUCUCGUUCAGCAGAUUGCAGUUUUUACAAAAUAAAGGUUGUGAAGAAAAGACUGAUGAUAUCAGAAGAAUAAACAUUUCCAGUGGCAUGGCCAAAAAACGAAGAAUGAUCUAGACUGCUGGAAAGCACCCUUUUGGUUGUUUUCUUUUUGUUCUGUCCCUUCCCAUUGUAGAAUGAACUUUGUUCUCUGCUUUCUCUUUCUUGGAAAGAGAGGACAUAGCUUUAAGUCAGUGCUGAUUUGGGACUGUGCCUAAGGCACAUCAGUGCUUCUUAUCAUUGUGUUAUUGAGCUUUUUAAAUUAAAACAGUUCAUUUUGGGGAUGAUGACAUGGCUCUAGGGUUUUGAAUGUAUAGUCACACUUUGAUCCAGUUCAAAAUCUAUUCUUAAGAGUUCGUUUGUUUACUACCUCUAUUGAUAAUUGAGCUUACAGCCAUGUAUGAGGUUUUUUUGUAUGAUGCCAUUUUUAAGCUACAUGAACACUAAAUGACAGAAGUUGGAGGGAAAAAACACUGUUAGCUUUCUUAAAAACAUUGCGUGAGCACUUACACCAAUUUCUUAACUGACCUACCUGAUCUAAGUACUACUGUCAUCAUUCUCCAUCUUGACCCAGCUUGGGCUACCUGUUUUAAGAAGUAUCUCAAAGAUUGUUGGUAUUUCAGUUUAAUUGCUCUCGCCCCAUUAGUUUUUCAGAGGGGCUUCAGUGGCUUUUAUUUUGUGUUUACAUUUGUUUGUCUGACUGUUUCAUCUCUAGAGUCCUUACUUUGGGUAAAAAUCAGUAGGUGUUACUUGGACUCAUAGUUAAAUCCAUUUUCCCUUCUUUCUCAGUGUCUCCAGGUAGGUAGUGUAGAAGCACAAUGGAGAAAACGUGUUUGGGAGUUGAGGCAGAGCGUGGAGUUUCUGUAACUGUGUCCUCAGUGGCUGGAUAAAGAUUAAGAGGUGGUUAGGGAUUCUGAAAACCACUUUGCCUAGUCACGUUUAUAGUUUUCAUUGGUUAAACCUUUAAAUUGAAUGUAAUCUACAAGCUGAGGAUUCCCACUCAGUAAUUCGGUUUUCUUUUAGGUGUUUCUUUUGACCCAGCUCAAGUUGACGUGAAACAACAGGUGAUUUUCACUUAGGCUUGUGCUGCUAGCCAUUAUAGAAUAGCAUUAGCAUUUGCUGUACUGUUCCAGCCUUGAGGGAUGAACAAAGAUGCAUAGAUGGCUUCUGUUAAAUGAUUUGCUUUGCUGAGUGUAUUUUUUUUAAUUAUCUUAGUUACCUGCAAAUUUAUAAUAGAAUCAUGCCUCUUCAAGAUUAGAAAAUGUUUUAAAACUGCAAACUGGGUAAAUUCUAGACAGCUAUAUAAAUAUAAGGUAAUAUUAUUUCAAGUGUAAACCGAUGGUGACUUUUUUCCUUUUCGUCCUCUCACCCCCACCUGUUUUUACGGACAUUGACAAAUACUCUGUAGUCUGGAUCCUCUCUUCCUUGGGUAAUUAUGAACCACCUUAACUCAGGUCCUCCAGCCAAACCAUUAAAACAUCAACUCUUUGCUUAGGCUACUGCCAGAUAUACCUGGAAAGAAGCUUCAUUUAAGUAAAAGUUAAUGUUUGAACUUAUCUAGAGACUCAAUUUUUAAAAAUAUGAUUAAUUCUAUGCCCAUGGAAGAGAAGCAUAUAUAAGAUGCGUGGGAACAAUUAGCAUUAAGCAGAUAGACUUUAGAGGGCUAUGUAUCUUGAAUAAUAAAAGUUCCUAAGAACUCAGCACACAAGGCACCAAGGCAAAGAGGGUUCCUUCAAGGUCAAUGGAAUAAAAACAUGUCUGGAAUUAAUGAACAUUGUUGUCUUAUUUAGGAAAAUGAGAUUUAUUUUCUAUAAGAGGGAAUUUACCAAAUGCAACAAUGAAUAUGUUAUAUUGCCUCUCUUUUGACUUCUCUAGAAACCAUAGAAUUUAGAACACCUCCCUUCACAAGUAAAGGGUGAAAAGUGCCUAAAACAUGAAACAAAUGGCGCUAAGUAGUCUCUGGUUUGGAUAGACUCAGAUAGAAGAAUCGGGGCCUUCUCAUACUGAGAUAGAGUUUAUCAGGCAGCUGUCAGUCCCCACUCCCGGAUAUUACAUAAGAAUACUUGUUUGAGAAUUUAAUGCCAGGCGUUGUUUUUUGUUUUUUGGGGGGUUUUUUUGUUUGUUUUUUUUUUAGUGUAAACUUUAGACUCUAUUUGCUUCAUCAAGCUGCGGGGCUGGGCUGAAAACAGCACUGACAGUGUGAUUCCUAUGAUUCCUGUGGUUCUGAACCAGAUUUUAAGCCUGUUACUAGCUCACCAUGUUGGGGCAAAAUGUUUGUAUAUUGCACAUAGGUGCUAAACUUUUUUUUUAAGUAUUAUUAUUGUGGAAUAUUAGGCAACAGUGUCUUUUUCCAGGACCCAUAAGCUUCUAGUCAAGUCAUUGUUUUCAAUCUAGUUGUGGAGGGUG